UCAAAGGAGCUCAAGGCUAAGGAAGGAAACAGCCACCAGCAGAUGCGCCAUUUCGGUCCACAGCACACUAGACAAAGAUGAAAAAAGUGAAAGAAUAGAGAAGAGGAAAAAGGAACCAUAUGAAAUGGUUAACAUACACCCACACACAGAUUCUCAAUGUCUUUAGUUCCUGACACUCACGUGACGCGGGUAUAUCCGCUGUCUAUACUACAGACAGGUCACACUGAAGCCUGCAGCUGCAUAAAGUGUGGUUCAAUGAAUAAGGAGGCAUGAUGACAUCCAGUAAAAACGUUAAAGCACCUUUAAAACAGCUGAGCAGCCUGGACAGCUACAUAAUCGACAACUCUCAAAAGAAGAAAAACAUACUGUGGCGACGACGUUCAUUCAACAGUGCCAAAAAUUUGAAUACUGAAGAGAUCAAAGAUGGGACAUUAUCACGCAGUAAGCUGCACAGAACACACUCUACAUCUCUAGUGGAUUAUACUGAUCCUCAGAGAACAAUGGUUAUACUGGAGAAACAAGACAAUGAAGCUUUUGGAUUCGAAGUUCAGACGUAUGGUCUAAAGGUGAAGAACAGCAGUAUGGUGGAGAUGUGUACAUUUGUUUGCAGUGUGCAGGAUGGCAGUGCAGCUGAAACUGCGGGUUUGACUGCUGGUGACAUUAUAUUGUCAGUAAAUGGAGUCAGUAUUGAGGGAUCUACCCACCAGCACAUUAUUGAGUUGAUUCGAGAAUCCACUAACAUGCUGAAGUUGGAGACGGUCAGUGGGAAUGUUGUGAAGAGAAUUGAAUUAGAGAAAAAGAUGCGCUAUCUUAAGCAAACUCUUCGUGAGAAAUGGGUGGAACUACAAUCGCUCACACUUCAGGAAAAGCGUCUUACUCGAGGUAAUCUGAAUGAGAGCGCUCAGCAUCUGUCUGUUGACUCUCUGCUGUCUCUCUCAUCUCCAACUGGCCGCUCUGGGCAGCGGUUUUCCAGUGACAGCAGUUGCCGCAGCAUAAUGACAGAUGAUAGUGAGGAUGGAGCCUUCAUGUCAUCAGUAUUUGAUGACUCAAGUCCAUUCAGCCCAACUGAGUCAAACGGAGGCUUCUUCCGGCUGGAAGGGGGAGCUUUGCGACCCCUGACAAGAACACGCAGCAUUAGUCUGACCAGCAGUAGCAGUUCACUCUCUCUGAGUUGGGAAAAUUCAUCUUCAUCCAUGUUUGGGACGCUGCCAAGGAAAGGCAGAAAAAGUAGUGUCCGCAAGCACCUUCUAAAGUUCAUACCUGGACUGAAUCACUCCGUAGAGGAAGAAGAGGGUAACUAAAACAUAAUUUCUACCACCACUGACUGCUGACCUGAUGAAUCCUUGGGCGGUGGGAGAUUCAUACUAGUUUGAACUCUUCUGUUCUCAAAACGUACUAGAUGCCAUACAUGCCAUACAAGAACUUAUGGGCAUUCAUGACUUUCUUGCUUAAAGUGCUGAUGAAAAGAAAGGUCGAGUCUCACAUGAGCAUUACGGACUGCAUGGCAGCAAUCUCUGUAUUAUUUUCUGCCUUUUUUUUUCUUUUUUUUUCUCAAGGGACCGAAGCAUUAUGACUUUUCCCAAGAAAUAAACAACUGGCAUUAACCAAACCUUGGAAAGUGUAUGCUGAAAAGCAAAUGCAUUGAGAGAAUUGUGCACAUUGCCUCCACUGCUCUAUUUGAGUGGUUUAGAUUUCAGACCCGCAAGCUCAUGAAUGUGCCCUAGCUCCCCCUUGAUCUUGUAACUAAUCAAGAUCUCAUGGUCUCAUAUCUGAUAUCUGUAUCUCAUAUCUAUAGAUCUCAUAUCUGUUGUAGCAUGCAAAUGUGAGGGGGCUUAGUGGUUGAAGAGAUAGGGGUGGGAGAAAGCUCUAACUCUGCACAGGCUUGUUGCUUCUGAAUGUUAAGUAUGUACCUUGCUGCACUCCAAAAUGUCUUAGACUUAACACAAUUCAAGCGUUUGUUAUACAUUUGCAGUCUUUCUUCAAAAGCCAAUUUUCUAAUUUAGAUUAACUACAGUCUUGAUGAAGCGAGAAUCUGAAAAGAAUAGGCUACCUGAAUAUUAACAUAUCUGGUUUACUAGUAUUCGUCAUAGAAUGCUCUGAACCCAUUAAUUUAAAUGGGGAUGUUGCAUUGCAAGACAUUUGAAGGUAACAAGACAUUUGAAUGAAUAUUAUGUAUACCCAUGGGGUCCUUGGGAAUAUGUUUAUGCAAAAUAUGUUUGUGGCUCAAGUGUCAAAUGACAAGUAACCAUUAUGAUUCGUUAUGCCUGCAAGCUUACUCUGCCUAGUAACCAGAUUUUACAGGUACUUGUAGGUUUAGGGUUGAGGUUAAAGCAUCUUGCAUUCAUCUUGCAAACUUAAUGCAUUCUUAUCGAUCGUAGUUAAAUGUUAAGGUCCAACAAAUGUUAAGGUUUGACAGUGUUGUUUCAGGACCAACAAAAUAUUUUCUGCUUGUCAAAAUCCACCAGGCUCUCACCAAAAACAGAGACAGUGAAAUUACACAACAAUUGAAUAAUGUACAAAAUCAU